GACUUUUAUUUUUCUCUCUCCAUAUACCGGCAGCUAUCCUCCGCCACCCUUUGAUAAAAGAAAAAGGGCUCAUAUAAUUUUAACAAAAGGUGGUAAAAAGAUAAAUAGAUGCAUGAGCCACCACCACCGCCGCCGCCGCCACCAUCACCACCACCACCAACUUGUUAAAAACACUCUCCUUCAUUCUUUUCUUCCUUCAUCAUCUUUCCCUUUAGAAGCAAAACACUGAAUAUUUUAUGCAACCCCCUUUAUUUUUCUUUCUAUUUUUACCUGAUUAUUUUUAGCUUUAACCUUAAAAAAAGAACCUGUCUUUCUAUCCCUUUGCUCUCAUCGGUUUCUCAGUGUCUUUGUGUAAGCUACUACCUUUUUUUCUUUCUCUUUCUCAGGAGCACAUAUAUAAGGAUUAAUGCAAAGGACGGCCGAUUAAACCGUUGUUCAUUGAUUAAAACGGGUUGCGAACAUGGUGAGCUUACGGAGACGGAAGCUUCUUGGACUCUGCUCUGGGAAGAGUUCGUUUCUCAGUCCACUUUCUAGAUUCUUUUGUAACGGAAAUCCACCGGAAAGUUCGAGUCAAAAUGCAAAAUCAAUCAGUGUGCAUCCCAUGCCCUCAGAUUCUGUCAACCAUAUUCAUGGGAAAAGCAUUGUUAAGGUUGAGUCUGGAUCACCAAAUGUUUCUGGUUCAUCAAAAGAGCCUCAUUAUCAACCUUUUUCAGGGCAAACGAUUAAGCGGAGGAAAAGGCAUAGGAGGAAGCAUGUUCAAAACCAAGAACCGUGUCUCAUGAGGGGUGUAUACUUCAAAAAUAUGAAAUGGCAGGCUGCAAUAAAAGUUGACAAGAAGCAGAUUCACUUAGGGACUGUUGGUUCGCAAGAAGAAGCUGCUCGUUUAUAUGAUAGAGCUGCAUUCAUGUGCGGAAGGGAACCGAACUUUGAGCUUCCUGAGGAGGAAAAGCGAGAGCUUAGUAGAUUCAAGUGGGAUGAGUUCUUGGCAUACACUCGUCGUUCGAUUACCAACAAAAAAUACAAGCAAAGACUCGGGGUCGAACCCCAGAAGAGGUCCGAACCUGUAAUAGAGAACAGCGACCAGGACAGCAAACGAGGAGCCGAUAGCUCCUCGGCUUCUGAAGAGGUAGGGCCAGAUACUUAAGCUUCAUGAAGAAAAAAAAGAUGAAUGGUUUGUGAGGCUGAAUAAUCUGAGUUUUUAAGGUAAUUUAAUUGAAUCCUAGUUGAAAGGUGUCCAUUUUUUAGUGCAUUAAAGGCUUCUAUUAGAGCCAGUCAAUAUAUAUAUAUAUAGAUCUCAUUAUCUAUAGUGCUUUAGCCCUUGUAAUAAGUGGUAAAAAAUAUUAUGUUAAGAUUGAUGAAAGCCAUGCAAAUGCUAAGAUUUGCUUUAA